AUGCGAACAAACCCCACAGAUCCUAUACACCUCUGCUUUUACUCUGGAAAAGGACACGCAAGACCAGGAAGUAUAAAAAACAGCAUUAUUUACUCCACUUGGGCCGCUUCCGUGUGCCUGCAGGUCACCCCCGCCCGCAACCCGUUUCCGGCAGGAGACGCGGAGCGCGGAGGCGGCCGCAGGGGCGGACCCGAGCAGGGAGACCGCCACCCUCCCUCUUUCUGUUCGCGGCCGCGGCAGCCGCUCGCUCACCCGGCCCGCGGGAGCUCCAGCCCGGCCGCUGCCAGCGCCGCCGCCCGCGCGGGGAGCGCACGCGGGCUCCUAGCUGCGCCGGCGCUUCCGGCGCGCCGGGGAAGCGGAAGCAGCGCGCGCGGGGGCGCUUCCCUGGGCGGGGCCGCGAGCGCUUCCGCGGGCCGGGAGCGGGAGAGCCCCCGGCCGGAGCGGGCCGGGAACGGGAGCGGGGAGAACCCCGGGCCGGAGCGGGCCGGGAGCGGGGAGAGCCCCGGGCCGGAGCGGGCCGGGAACGGGAGAGCCCCGGGCCGGGAACGGGAGCGGGGAGAGCCCCGGGCCGGGAACGGGAGCGGGGAGAGCCCCGGGCCGGAGCGGGCCGGGAGCCCUCAGGGUGAUAUGUGUCUCAUUGAUAUAGUCUUUAUCUUGGACAGUUCAGAAAGUGCCAAAAAUCAGUUGUUUGAUUUACAGAAGAAUUUUGUUCACAAUAUAACUGACAGCAUUUUCCAGAUGAAGCCAGUCAAGUCUCACAUGUAUAGUGUCAAACUAGCAGGUAUGCAGUUCAGCAGCACAGUCAGUAUUGAUCAUCCCUUUACAGCCUGGAAAAAUGUCCAGAAUUUUAAGGAGAAAAUCAGUUCUCUGGGCUUUAUUGGCCACGGCACUUAUUCCUAUUAUGCAGUUUCAAACGCCACUCAGCUGUUUAAAACUGAAAGCCGUAAGAGAAAUGUGAAAGUGGCUUUUUUGAUGACUGAUGGUAUGGAUCAUCCAAACAGCCCUAAUGUCCAGGGUAUAGCCACAACAGCUAGAAGUCGUGGAAUACAUUUUAUUACCAUUGGCCUUUCUAGAAAAACAGUCCAAGAAGAAAAAUUGCGCAUGAUAUCUGGUGAUUCAUCCUCUAAACUUGUCCUAUGCCUGGAUGAUGAGAACCUGGUAGCUGAUGUAGCAUUGCAACUGUGUGCACGGAAAAUCUGCGAGUGUGAAAAGGGAGUAAAAGGAGACAAAGGUGAUUCAGGCAGUGCUGGCAGCAAAGGGGAGAAAGGUGACCCAGGACCAAGAGGAAACAAGGGUGAUGCUCAAAAAGGAGAUCAUGGAGAGAAAGGUGAAGAGGGAGCUCCUGGCUACAAGGGAGACAAGGGUGAAAGAGGAGAAUGUGGACCCCCAGGAACAAAAGGAGAAAUAGGUUUGCCGGGCUCUGUGGGCCCUACGGGACCUCGGGGACCUCAGGGUAUCAGGGGAGAUCCAGGUCAGCAAGGCCCAAAAGGCAUUCAAGGAAACAAGGGAGAACAAGGCCCUCCAGGUCCCUAUGGCCCUGCAGGACCCUCUGGCAUUGGAGAGCCAGGACCCAAGGGUGCUGAAGGUCGAGAAGGCAAAAUUGGAUUGCCAGGACUUCCUGGAAUUGGUGAGCCAGGAUUACCUGGAUCACCUGGCCCUGCUGGUUCACCUGGUGAGAGAGGUCUGCCAGGAGAGGGCAUUCAAGGCAAAAAGGGUGAAAAAGGCUCUGUAGGUGUACCUGGUCCUCGUGGACUGAAAGGUGAACAAGUCAAAGGUGAUAAGGGUGAACAAGGCCAAGAAGGACCGCAGGGCCCACCAGGACCACCAGGAAUAGGCAAUCCAGGAAGCCGGGGUAUGCAGGGCCCAAAAGGAAAUGCUGGGGCAAAAGGCUCUCAAGGUUCUGGUUGGCCAGGACCGAAGGGUGAACCAGGUGAACGUGGACAAAAAGGAGAAGCAGGACUUCCAGGAACUAGCUCACCAGGACUUAAAGGAGCUGCAGGUCUACCAGGACUCCCAGGAGACAAGGGGGUGAAGGGAGAGAAGGGGUUGACAGGGAAAAAGGGCGAAAGGGGAGAUCAAGGUGCAAGAGGCCCAGAAGGACCCCCUGGAAAAGGAGACGUAGGUCAGAAGGGUGACCCUGGAGACAAAGGAUCCAAAGGAUCAAUAGGUCCUAAAGGACUAAAAGGCGAAGCUGGACCAAAAGGUGAUCCUGGAGAGAGAGGACUCCCUGGUGUAGCUGGAUCAUCUAUUUCGGGACCUCCUGGACCAAAGGGGGAUCCAGGAUACAAGGGAUCACCAGGACAAGAUGGACUUCCUGGAGAGUCAAUAAUGGGACCAACGGGGGAGCGAGGACCACCUGGACCACCUGGACCCCAUGGAGCAAAAGGUGACAAAGGUGGCAAAGGUGAAGCUGGACCUCCAGGACAAGCAGGACCUGAAGGACCUGAAGGACCAAAAGGUGUGGGAGAUGCUGGACCAAAGGGAGACCCUGGAAUUAGAGGCCCUCCGGGACCGGUGGGGCCUGCCGGAAUUGGAAGCAUGGGUCCCAAGGGUGUUAUGGGACGGAACGGCUUGCCUGGUCCUCCUGGCCCCCCUGGCAUCAGCAUACAAGGAGACAAGGGAGAAAAAGGAAAUAAAGGUUUUCCUGGACCAAAGGGAUCAGUAGGAACUGGCCUUCCUGGACAAAAGGGAGACUAUGGAGAUAAAGGUGAUCCAGGGAGCAAAGGUGCCAAAGGAGAGAUUGGAGACCCAGGACCUCCAGGACCAAAGGGAGUUGGGGGAAGAAAAGGUGAACCUGGACUUUCGAGAGAAGAUGUUAUCAGACUUAUCAAUGAAAUAUGUGGUUGUGGUAUCAAAUGUAGAGUAACACCACUGGAACUAGUAUUUGUCAUUGACAGUUCAGAAAGCGUUGGACCAGAUAACUUCAAUAUCAUCAAAACCUUCAUGAAAACAUUCAUUGACAAGGUUUCGGCCAACCACGCUACAACCCGCAUUGGCAUUAUCAACUUCAGCCACAGAGUGGACCUGGUGUCUUCUCUGAAGAAAUACACAAGCAAAGAGUUCCUGAAAUCAGCUGUUGACAGGAUGCCCUACCUAGGAGAAGGCACAUACACAGCUUCUGCUAUCCAAGAAGCCAUCCACUUAUUCCAGGCAGCACGCCCGGCAGUGAGGAAGGUGGCUGUUGUGAUCAUGGAUGGACAGGCGGACACUCGAGACAAAGUACGACUGGAUACUGCAGUGAGAGAGGCCCAUGCUGCAAAUAUUGAGAUAUUUGUCAUUGGGAUUGUACAGAGGACUGAUCCUCACUAUGAUGAUUUCCUGAAAGAAAUGCAGCUCAUUGCAACAGACCCUGAUGAAGAACAUGUUUACCAGAUAGACGACUUCAUGACGCUCUCAGCUCUGGAAAAUAAACUGGUCACAAAAAUUUGUGAUAACGAGUCUGCAGUGUACACCAGAAAAUACAAUAUUUUAUCUCCAUCUCCAAGUCUGGGAUCUGAAACUGCCAGGGAAGAUGCUAAUAGCCAGUUACCUAAAAUGACUUCAGAGAUUGAUAUGCUUCCUACAGAAGGAAUUAUCUACCCACCUAGUACAUCUCAAUCCGGGUACACUGAGCCUCUGCCAUCUGCUCAGGACCCCACUGUGACCACCUCUACUCACAGAGAAUCAAUGCUUCCCCCAGUGUCUAACAUGUCUGAAAUCAGACCCCUGGGUCCACCUGUCAAUCCUUUCUUUGGUGGAACUGCUGCUGAAGAUCACCAGACACAGGGAGUGACAGCCCAAAAAAAUCCAAGGUGCUUGGAACCUAUGAAACCAGGGGAUUGUUGGGACUACGUGAUGAAAUGGUAUUAUGACAAGAAUGGCAAUUCUUGUGCCCAGUUCUGGUAUGGAGGUUGUAAUGGUACCAACAAUAGAUUUGAAACAGAAAAAGAAUGUCAAGAAACCUGUGUUGACUGAUGAACAUGUAAGUUGUCUCCUUCGGGUUCUCCCUCAAUCAUCUCUUUUCCCCCUCAUGUUUUAUUUUACAUUAAUCAAAAUUCAGUUUUCCUUUUCAACUCACAGCCUAUGCAGUCAGUAUCACAAGGUCCUUCUGCUUUCUUGCAGUCACUCCUUUUCUUUACUACUUUACUACUGCUACUUAACUACUUUAGAGGAACACUAUAUUGUCACAAACUCCAACUUCAUCACCUCCCUAUUUACAGCAUUCUCUAGAUCACUUAUUGAGUAGGACAGACCAUGGCAUCCAUUCUUCAGUGACAUCUCUCCACUGACUCUUUAUCCCAUUUUUUUGUUUUAUUCUUUUCACAACUUACAAGACUGUCCUUCUCAAAUCAGUAUAACUUUCCUUUGGGCAGGGACCUUAUAUUUUGGAAAUCAAGUUAAACUUGUAGUGCAUAACUGCUUUUACAAAAGCCAUAUAACUCAUCCCAAAUAACUUGCAUUAAAUACUCUAUUUCAACUUUCAGUAUAGGAAAAUUUUAUUGAAGUGCAGAUUGUGU